CUGGGAUAGCUAAGAUUUCUGAAAAGAUGUAACUGAAACAUCUUCACUAAAUUGUCUCUACAGGCGAAAGAAAUAAUUGAUAAGGCGCGAUUUUAAGUUUGAAUGACUUAGCUAUGUUUUAUUUACAUAAGACAAUUGUUAAGUUGUUGCAAACUUAUAUCAGGCACUCAAAAACUGGAUUAUACUUUUACCCUUUAUGCUGCUUGUAACUUAAAAGGUGGACAAUGGAAGCCGAUAAGAAGAGGCGUAAUUAUAAGUUGUUGGUUGAUCCUAUGCUAAGAGGAGGAUCCACUAAGAUCUACAGAUUUGAGGGCGUUGAUCCAACGGAUAAUAGACUAGUACACGUUCGAGACCCAAGAUCCCGACUACAAAGGUUAUGGAGUCAAAGAAUGCCAGCAGAUUUGCCUGUGCCAAGAUUUAAGUAUGACAACUACUAUGUUGGUGAACCCCCACCAAAUGAAGUGACAUUUACCAACUUAAAUGACAACAUCAGCAAGGAUUUCUUAGAAAACAUGGUCAAACAGUUUGGGUUGCUGGAGGAAGUUAAGAUUUACUAUAAUCCAAAAAACAAGAAACACAUGGGCAUAGGAAAGGUCAUAUUUAUGUCAGCAAAGUCAGCUAAGAUAUGUGCAGACAAACUGAACCAGACCUCCAAAAUGGGAAACAUAAUGAGUGUUUAUGUUGAUUCUGGUGGAAAGGAGAGACAGAGAAUCAUUGAGGAUAUGCUGUCUGAUCAGCCUAAGGCGACACUGCCUCCUGUGCCUGCACCAGUGGCUCAGAACACAGACCCAAGAAAUCGACGUUUGUCAUCAUCAAUGUCUGGAAAUUCUAGCUUUGAGACAAGAUUCGAGCAGGAGGCAUAUGAUCCAGAAGUAGAAUUCCAAAACCAACGAAAACCAGAAAAUCUUAACUUUCAUGGAGGAGAGAAUAUGAGCCAUCACAGUGCAGAUACUGGCUAUGUGUCAGGGACCCCCAUGUCUGUAUUUUCUCAGGGUAGCUUCACGCACAACCAGGAAACAACCAAAGGUUCAUUUGACAUUACAAAUACAGGAUUGACUCCAGGUUUGACCCCAGCUAUGACCCCAAACAUGGCAGGAGGCAACUUUCAGUUCCCCCCUCCACCAAACCAGUUCAAUCAAGGAAAUAACAGGUUCAACAAUCAACCCAAUGACCUUGGAGGAGGGUUUGGAAACCAGGGGAAUAACAACAGCUAUGACAAUUAUGGAAAUCGAGGUGGGAGAGGUUUCCGUGGGCAGGACAAUUUCAAUCAGCAAAAAGAUUUAUAUAAUGACCCCAACAAAAUAGACUUUUCUAAACCUCCCCCGAAUUUUAAUUCAAACAACAUGCCUCCUCAUGUACAACAGAACGAUAGAAAUUUCCACAGGCAGGAUUCAGGAAGGUAUCAUGAUCGACACAACUACAGAAAUCGAGACAGAAGAGAUAGUCGGGACGGACAUGGGUACGACAGAAUGGACAGAGGUGGGCGAGGAGGGCGUGAUUGGAGAAAAGAUAGGAAUGACCGUGGGCAUGAUCAUCGAGAUUUCAGAGAUAACCGAUAUGAAGGCCGAAAUCGGGAUUAUGAUAAUUCAUACAACCGAAGAGAUCGGCAUGGAAAUAGGAGAGAUGAUAGGGACAGGGAUUUCAACCAUGAUAAAAUGGAGAGGAAUUAUGAUAAUCGUAAUAACAGAAUGCAUGAUAAUAGAAUGUAUGACAAUAGGAAUAGUUUUGAUUAUGAUAACAGGGAUCCUAGGGGAUUUGAUAGGGAUCUUGGUAUUAAGCCAAGAGGGGAUAACUUUAGGAGGGACAGUAUUGAGAAGGAGCAGCCCCCACCUCCAAGGCCCCAAACUCCACCUAUGCCUCCAGAGCCCACAACAACAACGGAGGAGGAACCAAGGCCACAGAGUUUGGAAUCCCGUAUUCAGAGUCUGUUGCAGAAUGUGGGAGGGAUCUCAGAUAGCUUUGGUGGAAGUCCAUCAGAUGAAUCAACUAAUGAUUCAAGAAAGAAAGAACAGACUCCUCCUUCAGGGAGGUACAAUAAUAAACAUGCUGAUAUAUCAGAAAGGAUACCUAAAACACCGCAGGAAAACUGUGUUGAUGCUCAAAAACCUAGAACCCCUUUUGACUAUGGGCAAGACUAUACGCCAGUUUCUCAUGAAGGGGAGAGAAUAGAUAGAAAAUUAACUCAUAAUUUGGAUUUCCGGGAAGGCAGUUCUCAGCUCAAUGGUAGUGCUUUAACAAACUUUACUCCUGAUAGCAUUCCAGUGGCUCCACCUGGGAACAAUGAGGACGUAACCCAGGAUGAUGAUGAAAUGAGCAUUUCUUCAGGAAACAGUGAUGACCAAAACAUUGAAGUCAAUCCCAUAAUUCCAGAAGGAGCAGUCCCCGAUGCGGCCAACAGUGCUAACUUUGUGGCCAAUCCUUGGCAAAUGCAGAACAUGGGCAUGAACUAUGGGGCCACUUUUACAAACUAUAACUUCAUGGGUGCCAAUAAUAUGCAGGUUUACAACCAGAAUUUUUACAAUCAGUAUAACAAUGAUAUGAUGAAUCAGUCUCCCAUGAUAGGGCAGACUAAAGCCGAGAGUGAAGCCAUGGAGAAGCAGUUUAUCGAUGUAUUGGAAGGAUUUGUGAAGGAACUAAAAUCUGUCAUGCAAAAGGAUAUGUGUAAGAAAAUGGUGGAAAACUCAGCCUUCAAGUCAUUUGAUGGUUGGUGGUCAGAUGAAUCCAAUAAAUAUAAAGAAGUGCAAUCAGCCCGUCUCAUUCCUGAAAAGUCAUAUGACAAACCAUCAUCUCCAUCCAAACCGUCCACAGUUACCGUUGGGAAGAGCGAGGUCACAUCCACUCUGGCUUCCCUGUUUGAACCUCAGCAUCCAUGGUCUAGAGAAGGGGAGAUCAAUAUGGGAGGAUUCAUGGGGGGUGGAUUCCUUGGUAUCAGGGGUGGAAUGCCCAGGCUACCUUCUUUUAAGAAAAAAUAUAAACCACCAUCACCACCACCAGAGGAUGAGGAGAGCAAACAGUCUGACAGCAGCAGAAUAGAGAAGUCCUCAGUAAAGUCAGAAAAACCAUCCAGGAUACGCAAACCUAUAUACAGCUCCAGUGAGGAUGAGGAAGAAUCUGAGGAUGAGGAUGAGGACAAAGACAAUGUGGAGAGCAGUGAGGAGGAGGAGGAGGAAGAGAAAGAAAAUGUGGACAGCAGUGAAGAAGAGGAGUCAGAAGAGGAGGAGGAGGAAUCGGAGGAAGAGGAGGAGGAGUCAGAAGAAGAGGAGGAGGAGGAAGAGGAGGAAAAGAAAGAGGUCCACGUGGAUGUAGAGAAAAAAGAGGAAGUGGAAGAAAAGAAGAAAGAAAAAGCAGAAAAGAAAGAGGAAAUAAAGAAAAUAUCAGUGGAGGAGGAGGACAGUGAUGAAAAGGUUGAUGUGGAGGAAGAGGAUGAAGAAGAGGAAAAGGAGAAAAAGGAAAUCCCAGAAUCACCCAAAAAACAGAUCUCAAAAGAAGACAAACAGGUGAAGAAGGAGGAGGAAGUGAUGCCUGUUAUUUCAGAGGAGACUGAGGCUUUCGGAUUUGAGACAUUGCUGAAGGCCUCAGAAAUUCUCAGUCAGCGAGAACAAGAUCAGAAACUUGUUCCUUCAGUUCCACCCACGGUCGCUGAAGUUAAGGAAGAAGAUGUUGACCAGGAGAAAGAGAAGCCAAGUUUCCUGGUGGAACAUGAUUAUGUGCUGCCUCCUCCUACAGCAGAUGGCAAUGACACAGACGGUACCAUGUCGGCAGAUGAGGAUGAAAAUACAACACCGUACGAAGUGUUCAUUGACCACAAUUACUGUCUUCCUCCCCAGCCUCAUCUUAGAGAUCUUGUUGAGCAGCAGAAACCUCAAGUGCCAGACAUCGUUCAGGAGCUUGCUAAAUCCACUCCUGCAGCAGAUAAGAAGAAGAAAGAGCCAGCUGUGAAGAAAGAGAGGAAGAGGAAGCAACCAUUAAAAGAAUCCACUUCCUUCAAUGUCAAUGACUUUUUGAAUAGGUCUAGGGGCAGCAGAGAACUUAUCAAUCUUCUGCCUCCUCCAAAACCAAUCAAAAAAUUCCCUCCCCGGAAGAUGGAAGAGGAGAGAUUAGUGUUUUUUGAUAUGUAUAGCAAAGGAAUUGAUGAUGAAGACAUCAAGUACAUGAAGAAGACAUAUGAAAAUCUACUUGAGUCAGAAGACCCUAUGGGAUAUUGGGUAAAUGAUAUUUUAUGGGUGGAUCAUCCAUGCACCAAUAUACCAGAUCCUGUGCCAUCCAAAAAGAGGAAAAAGAGUGAGAUGGAAUUCCCUAAACCUCACAAAACAGGAUGUGCAAGAACAGAAGGGUAUUAUAAGUUGACAUCCAAAGACAAGACAUGGCUCAGUAAUCCACAAGAACCAGAAAUGACAGAACCACCAGAAGCUGUCAGAGAAAAGAAGACUCAAAAAUCCAGGGAAGCUCGUCAUGAAAACAGAAGACUCCAAGUUACCAUUGCUGACUCGCAGUAUUUAGAUCUCUUCAAGUUUACUCAGUUUAGGUUGAGAAAGAAACAGUUGAAGUUUGCUCGCAGCGGCAUUCAUGACUGGGGCUUGUUUGCAUUGGAACCUAUCGCAGCUGACGAAAUGGUGAUAGAAUACGUAGGAGAAAGUCUUCGACAGUCUCUGGCUGAUCUGAGGGAGAAGAAGUACGAAGCAGAGGGGUGUGGCAGCAGUUACCUGUUCAGGGUGGACACCGAGACCAUUAUCGAUGCCACAAAGUGUGGUAACCUGGCCCGCUUCAUCAAUCAUUGUUGUAAUCCAAAUUGUUAUGCAAAGAUCAUCACAGUGGAAUCGCAAAAGAAAAUUGUGAUAUACUCAAAGAGAGACAUUGACGUCAACGAAGAAAUAACAUACGAUUACAAGUUCCCUAUAGAAGACGAAAAGAUUCCAUGUUUGUGUGGGGCUCCUAAUUGUCGUGGCACUCUUAAUUAACUCAAAUAUGCAGAACACAUCGAUAAUUGGUUGUUUUGGUAGUUUGAAUGAGCACCUUGGUCUGAUAUGAAUGUUGAAUAACCUAAAAUCUUCUUUGGUUGAAGUAGCGAGAUAUACAGAGGGGGAAAUUGUGUCCAGAUUUUACCUAAUAUGAAGAAUACUUGUUUUAUUUUAUGACAAGUAAAGAUGAUAUUUGAAAUGUAGAUGGUAAAAAGAGAGGAAACAGCUAUACAUGAGAAGAAAAUUGUCACUAUAGGCAAGUGUUUGUUGUAUACAGAGAGAUGGGAGUCUAUAUCACUCCAUUUUUUUGGUCAUGUGAGUAAUUCUAUUCACAUGAUCUCACUUCAGUAUUCUGUUGUAUGUUGUCAUAGUGAUAGCUUACUUGAUUUAUCAAAAAUCAGUCUUGAGAAAAAAUGGUAACCUAUUGUAAUCAUUUGAAGGAUAUUAAGGCUAGUUUCAUGGCCAAUUGUAAAAUGUUGAUUGUAAUGUGUGGUUCUGUGAGAAUGGAGUUGGAUGUUGAAAGUAGGUGCUCUUAUUGAUUAGGGACAUAAUAUUAAAAUCUAGAAAUCCUCAUCCACAUUGAAGAGUGCAUUACCAGUACUUGAAUGUUCCUUCUCAGUACAGGGAGUCUUGUUCCAUAAUGUGUAAUUCAAAGAAGUGUGAAAAACAACUUACUUAUUGAAAUCAAAGUGAUUUUAAUGUACAUAUAGUGCUAUUAAAUGCAUGUUGUUAAGAGUAUUUAAUUUCAAGUCUUAAAGACAAGCUGGGAUGAUAUCAUUUUAUAUGUGUGUUUGCCUUGUGCAAGGGGAGGUAAUUGUGUGAGAGAUGAAUUAUUGCUUUGCAAGAGAGGAGAAUGAAAUGUACUCAUUAUAUAUUGUGUGCACUUGACUUGGGCAGCUACUUUUGUUUCUUAUGCCAUUUUAGUAAAACAUCUAUUGAAUGUAAGAAUUAAUUGAAUGUCACUGCCAAAUUACAUCAUCUGUUAAAGAAGUGAAUAAAUUUUGAGCAAGCAAAACAUUGGGAAAAUUGUACAUUGAAAGGCUUUGCAUGUAUUUCAUAAAAUUUGUUUUGUUUUGUUAAUGUUCGAAAUUGUUGCAGUUUUGAAAAUUUAUUUCUGAGAGCAUUUACCCUGCUGUUGGUUUUAAGAAAUAUUUAAUAUGUUUUUAAAAAUGAAAGAAACAAAGCUUAGUAUUUAUUUAUUGUAAUUGGGAUUAUGCUUGAAGUUGUUAACUAGAAAUUUUAUACUUUGACUAGAUAGCAAUUUUGAAUUCAACAUGUUAAAAGAUUUAUUACAAAUUUGCAUUUUUACCAUGAUUAAAUAACUUUCUUUUUGACAAAUCAUACAUUCAGUAUAAAUCCAUCAGUUUAGUUAUGCAAUAAAUUAUACAUACAUGUAUCUACAUGUACAUGUAUAUAUGGUAAAUGGUAUCUACUAUUAAUUAAUGUACACAUUUAAGCAAUUUUAGGGGAGGAAAAAAAAACGAAAACUCAAAUUUCUGCAUUGCAUUUGCAUAUUCAUGAAUAUUCAAUAGAGUUCACCAUCUUUUCGUAUGUAAAUAUAGUAUUGGUUACUUGUGUGAGAAGUACCCUUAGUUACAAUUAUAUAGUGCUUUUAUACUUGUACAGUUGGUUGAAGUCUGUUAUUCUUUGAAAAUGUUCUGUACAGUUUUGUAUGUCAUCCAUGUACAAAUGAAUUGAAUACUAUUUUAAUAAAUGUUAAAUGAAA